GGCUGACUUGCUUCAAUUGCUGUAGCUUUCCAUCACCAAAGUUCUAGAAUUCUUUGGUACCGUCAAUACUCCUCACAUAUCCCCCCCAACAGAUAACAGACCGCAUUUUCUCAUACAUGCGACACAAUGUCUGAAAGGGGUCAAGGUCAACACAGAGGUGGCGGACGUGGAGGUGGUAGAGGUCAUGGUGAACACAGAGGUGGCAGGGGAGCUGGUAGAGGAGGUCAUGGUGGGGAGAGGGGUGGACAUGGCGGGGGAAAUUUUGAGAAACCAAAGAAAGAGAAUAUCUUGGACCUGGGAAAGUACAUGGAUAAGCAGGUCACAGUCAAGUUCAAUGGUGGCAGACAUGUGAAAGGCACAUUGAAGGGUUAUGAUGCUCUGAUGAAUUUGGUAUUGGAUGAUGUGGAGGAGAAGCUAACUGAUGAUGAAGGAACAGAAGCUUGGAGGUCAUUGGGCUUAGUGGUUGCAAGAGGAACCUUACUCAUUGGAAUAAGUCCAGUUGAUGGUAGCGAAGAAAUUGCGAAUCCUUUCGUACAACAAGAAGAAUGAGAAGAAUGAGAAGAGGGUAGAAGAGAAUGUCAGGUGAAAGGGGAUGAAAUCCACAAGAACAUCUCAAUGCGCUUCAAGGAAAAGCCAGAUACGCCCACACCAAACCCGAUUGUUUACAAGCGCCACCCAAAAUGAUGCAGACAUGAUAUCCGAAGGUUAUUCAGGUGCAAGAUAUUUUGGGAAUAAUAAGACCAUAAAGAAUGAAACAUGACGUUGAACAUCUGGUCUUUCAUGAAUCGGACGAUGUGAUGUGAUGCUACCAAAUAGAUUCGGCGGCGGGGAGUUAAAAGAUCUUGUGAUAGAAUUUCAAGCAACCAACGAUCCUCUGAUCGUCUUGGGUACCCAAUGCAGGUGCAAUGAAGCCUAGCGGCUGCUUCGAUAAUCAUGUUCUUGUUGUACAGUUUCCGAAAGAUAUCUGGAGUGAUGAGUGAGUGCACUCUACGUUGAACACUCAACAUCGCUUGAACGUUUGAACUGGCUCGAAUAAUUCCAUUGGGCUUAAACAUCUCAUCA